GGCUGAGAGGAUGGCUGCCUCCGUGAUGGGCCAGACCAUGGUCACCCACGUGCUGGUGGCCCUUUUCGGGAUGGGCUCCUGGGUCUCCGUGAACUCCUUGUGGGUGGAGCUCCCCGUGGUGGUGAAGUGGCUUCCAGAAGGCUGGAAUCUCCCUGCCUACCUCUCAGUCCUCAUCGCCCUGGGGAACGUGGGCCCCAUCGCCGUCACCCUGGCUCACAGGCUGGCCCCUGGGCGGCUGAAGGAGCGCUGGGUCAUCCACGCCAUCCAGGUGCUGGGCGUGGUGGCAGCCCUCUUUCUGGCUCUCUUCUGGCACCGGACGGCGACAGUGGCAGGGGAGUCCCACAGCCUGGCCUUCCUGCUCCUGGCCUUCCUCCUGGCCUUCGUCUGCUGCACCUCCAACGUCACCUUCCUGCCCUUCAUGUACCAGUUCCCCCAGCAGUUCAUCCGCACCUUCUUCGUGGGCCAGGGCCUGAGCGCCCUCUUCCCCUGCGUGGUGGCGCUGGCCCAAGGGGUGGGCAAGCUGGAGUGCCGCAACACCACCUCCGGCAACGGCUCCCAGCCCCACUACCUGGAGGAGAACUUUCCCGCGGCCACCUACUUCUGGCUGAUGUCCGCCAUGCUCGCUGUCUCGGCACUCUCCUUCCUGGGGCUCAUCCUGCAGCGCCGCCGCGCCAGCCGCUCCGCCGCCCGCCAGGAGAGCUCUUCCAAGGGCAGCGUGGAGACGGAGGAGUCCUUCCCACUGCGGGACGGCACCCCCACGUCGGACAGCGCCACGGAGAUCGCCCAGGGCGCCCACCCCCCGGCCCAGGCCACCUCCUUCUGGACAGGCCGGAACAUCUACCUGCUGGUGCUGCUGGGCGUCUCCAACGCGCUGACCAACGGCGUGCUGCCUGCGGUGCAGAGCUACUCCUGCCUGCCCUACGGGAGCAUGGCCUACCACCUCUCCGUGGUGCUCAGCAACAUCGCCAACCCCGUGGCCUGCUUCGUCGCCAUGUUUGUGCUGUGCAGGUCAGCGGUGGGCUUGGGCGUCAUCUCUGUGCUGGGAGGCGUCUUUGCGGCCUAUCUGAUGGUGCUGGCCGCGCUCAGCCCCUGCCCUCCCCUGCUGGGCAGUGCCGCGGGAGUCGCCCUGGUGGUGCUGGCCUGGAUCCUGUUCCUGGGGCUCUUCUCCUACCUCAAGGUGGUGAUCGGCAGCCUGCUGCACGAGGCCGGCCACGCAGCGCUGGUGUGGUGUGGAGCGGUCAUCCAGGCGGGCUCCCUGGUGGGCGCCCUGGCCAUGUUCCCCAUCGUCAGCAUCUAUCACCUCUUCCAGAGCGGGCAGGACUGUGCCGACAACUGUGGGGCAUGA